AUGGCAAUGUUCUCGGACCUCAUCCGAGAUCUAGCGCUCAUCGACUUACCAAUGACGAACCAAACCUACACCUGGCCUAACAUGCAACAUAAACCCACCUUGGCCAAACUUGACAGAUUCCUCGUCUCCACCGAAUGGGACCUCUCUUUUCCCCUCAGCAAGGUCAAGGCUCUACCGCGGAUCACUUCUGACCACACACCGAUCAUUCUCACUACCGGACUCCUACCCACGCCGCGAAGAUUUCGAUUUGAAAGGGUUUGGCUCACCAAGGAUGACUUUCUCUUGAAAGUGCCGAGCUGGUGGAACGAAGUCCCCUGUAAGCAGUCAGCCAUCCUCAGUAUAACUGCUAAGCUCAGGCACUGCAGAACAAGGAUAAAGGAAUGGUGCAAGUCCAACUACCACAGUAUAUCCCACACUAAGAAGCUCAUACAGGAAGAACUCCAGAGAAUCGACCACCUAGAGGAACACUCUGACUUGUCUCAAGAAUCUUUGGAUAAACGGACCAACCUCAAAGGGCAACUGCAGCUUAUUUUAAAGGAGGAAGAAAUCCUCUGGAACACCAGGGCCAAACAACUUUGGCUCAAGGAGGGAGAUGGAAACACUAAAUUUUUUCAUGCCGUGGCUAACAGUCGAAAAUGA